AGCGCGUAGUCGUUGGUUCGUAGUCGCGGAGUCGAGUUCAGGCGUCCAGUGCAGUCAGUCAGUCAGUAUUGUCGAGCGUAAUUGGUUGAGCGAUUUUUUGCUUGCUUUCCCGGAGUGUGUGCCCUAACCCCCCUCGUUUAUACGAAGAGUCUUGCCCCGUGUUAGCCCGAUAUCGAGCGGUGAAACAGGAGCGCGCACUUGUGUAGAUAGAUAGAUAGAAGUGGCGGCAGAGCUUGCGGUGCCAAGUCGUGCUACAAUCUGUCCAAAAGAGACCCCAAGGGAAUCGAAAUCCUAGCCUGGCUAGCCGUUUCGUGACACGCAACUUCUCGUUCUCGUGCAACACAGUGUGUAGUUCCGAUUGGUGUAAUCACUUACGGUUGUUCUACGGAAGCUACAGAAGACGACGACGUAAUCGGAUCAGCUCGUCACAGCAGUGGGAUAGUACACAGUACACAGAGCAUUUUGGGAUUAAAUUUGGAACGUGAGAGAGUCCACAUAGUGUGAUCUGUUGUGCGGUGUCUUGAAGCGCCAGUGUGUCGUAGACGUCGAGAUCUCGAGAAAUCGAUCAUCUCGCUUUGGAAACUUACCGAGUCGGAACGAAUCGGAAGAAACCUCGUCGAGCGGAUCAACCAGCUGUGUCUGCUGCUACUUGCUCACACACAUCGAAAGAUCAUAACCCAAAAGGUGUUAAUCAUUAUCGUUUAUCUCCAGUGACUAAGUCGCGAUCGUGAUCGAGAUAACUCCGAACCCCCAAAAAAAGACACUCAAAUUCGAGAUUUCGCGAUCAGCUGCAGCGGCGACCUUCGUGUGAGUACCGUGAUCGUGUUGCGCGACAAUUCCCGAUCGUGCGUCCGAAUUCGGGUGCGUAUUUGGGCCAAUCGCGAUCGUGUGUGAUAACAAUAGAUUGCGCCGUUUCGCGGGCAGAGUUUCGCACGGAAUUUAGUUCAGCCGGAAGAAGAAGCCGCGAAAAAGGAGUUUUUUUUUCUACACAUUACCACAAAUAAAAAGUUGUGUGUGUGUGUGUUUGCUAGAGGAAAAAUAAAUUUGCAAUUAGUAACCGACCGACCGCCGCUCGCACACACGUACGCGUGUGGUUUCUCGAUCGUCGUCGUCGCCGAGUGUGAGUUAGGGAAAGAGAGGUGAAGAAGAAGAUCGAAGAAGAAAGCAGCGGAAAGAUAAAUCGGGCGCACACGGAGAGAGAAGGAGAAAAGUGUAGAAGGGUUUCGAGUUGGAGGAGUGAGAGCGUAGUCUUCGAAAGGCGAAAAGUGGAAGAUACAAGUAAUCACCACUACAGCAAACAAGCAACAGCUACAGCAACUGAAGAAGUUGAAAAAAAAAUAACGUCAACGACGACGCAGCCGAUCGUCGUUUUUGUUUUCUUUUUCCUGUGGACCGCUUCGACGGAAAUUUGUUUUCAUGAUAUCUGCUUGGAUAAAUCCCUAUAAUGAGAAGUGCGGAACUUUGAAAGUUCCUGACUCGUACAACGCGAGGAUCAUGGACGGCUAUCAUGUGCAAAGUCAGCAGCAGCAGCAGCAGCAGCAGGACUCCAGCUACCAGCAUCAACACAAUGGCUCCUACCAGCAACAACCGCAGCAGCAGCAGCAUCACUUGCAGCCACAUCAACAAUACCACAGCAACAAGCAGCAGUUUCAUCACCAACACAAGCAGCAGCAGCACCACCACAACAGCAAAGUGACGUACACGACGCAUAGCUACGCUCAAUCGGAUGCCGGGUUUGUGUCGCCGCCGCCGUCGCCACGCUCGAACAGCUCGCUAGCGAGUUGCUCAUCGUCGUCGUAUUCUUCGGGGUCUUCGUCGUCUUCGUCGGCCGUUUCGUCGGCGGCUUCGACCUCUUCGGGGCUUUCGUCGGCCGGGUCGGAAAAUGGAUCUUCGUACGAGAACUUGGACAAUUCGGCGCAGCGGUUGGCGGUGCUGUCGUUCGAGCAGGUCCGCAAGCUGGACGAGGUGAUGAACGAGCCGGUGGCGAUCCACGGGAGGGGAAACUUCCCGACGCUGGAGGUUCGGUUGAGGGAUUUGGUUAACAUUGUGCGGGAGAAGCUGGAGGCGGACAUUGGGUCGGGCGGGGCCGGGAUGAUCGUGAAGGACAUCCGGUUGAAUGGAGGGGCUGCUAGUCACGUGCUGGCGUCGGAGGCGCAGCCGUACAAUGAUUUGGAUUUGAUUUUUGCGGUGGAGUUCAGCUCGAACCGUCACUUUGACCGGGUCAAGUCGGCGGUGUUGUCGUCGCUGUUGGAUCUGCUGCCGGAGGGUGUGGUGAGGCGGCGGAUAACGCAGUGCUCGCUGAAGGAGGCGUACGUUGGCAAGAUGGUGAAGGUGAACAACAAUAAUGAUGGUGAUCGCUGGAGUCUGAUCUCGCUGGGUAAUUCGCCGGGGCACAAGAACGUCGAGCUGAAGUUUGUCGACACGAUGCGUCGGCAGUUUGAGUUCAGCGUGGACUCGUUCCAGAUCAUGCUCGACUCGCUGCUGCUGUUCUGGGACUGCACCGAGAAGCCGAUGAUUACGGAGAAUUUUUACCCGACCGUUGUGGGUGAGUCGGUUUACGGGGAUUUCCAGGAAGCGCUGUACCAUCUGCAGAAGAAACUGAUCUCGACGCGGCAACCGGAGGAGAUCCGUGGCGGUGGACUGCUCAAGUAUUGCAACUUGAUGGUGAGGAACUACGCCCCGGUCGACCAGCAGCGGAUAAAAACCCUGGAGCGUUACAUGUGCUCGCGGUUCUUCAUCGACUUCCCGGACAUUGAGCAGCAGCGGAUCAAGCUCGAGAGCUACCUGAGGAACCACUUCUGGGGCGAGGUCGAGGAACAUCUGCAGUACCAGUACCUGAUGCAUUUAUACGAUGUCGUCGAGCAGAGUACGGUCUGUCUGAUGGGCCACGAGCGCCGCCAGACGCUGAUGCUGAUCGAAACGCUCGCCAUGCAGGUCCUGUACCGUGAACAGCAACAGAACGGCGCCGCCACGAUCAUCACGACCACGAGCGCGAUGCCCCACCACCACCAGCAGCACCAGCAUCAUCAGCAGCAGCAGCACACCACCACCACUCUGCACCAACUCCAGCCGCUCCAAACUCAGCUCUCCCAGCUCAGCUUACAACCUCAGCCACACUCACCAGUGCAGCAGACCGUAAUCCACCACCACCACCACGCUCAGCAAGCCUCACCCCAGACGCAAACCCUGCAGCUGCAACACCCCCACCCACACCCUCACCCCCAGCAACAUCCCCAGCAGCAUCCCCAACAACCCCAGCAAACCCACAUCUCCCUGGCACCGCAACCGGCCGGCCUGUUGUACGCGAACGGAAUCUACUACGCGCCGAUCGUCCCAACCACGCUCUGCACCUGCAACACGACGUGGCUCACGACGUGAUCAGCUGACGGCAUCAACACCAACGCCGCCACCACCACCCUGCUAGUUGGAUCGAUCGACGACCAAGCUGCCGCCGCGGAAGAAGCAAACAGUCGUUUUACAAACAUUUUAGUGUCGAAUAGAUGAGAUCGCUAGGACAAGUCUCCUUCCUUCUGCCUUCCCCUCUGCCACCACCCUCGGUACCUGUUGUGAGAUGUGUGUCGCCGGAAGGUAACCCCCCAAUCAAAAAGUACAAUCUGCACAGCGAAAUUUAGGACCCCCCGCCCUCUCUCUUGCCAAAGAAUCUUUAUGAGUUCGAAAAAUUUCAACCCAGCAACAGCGAGGUGGCGUUUACGUUUGAUUUAAUUCCCAGUGUGACCCCCUCCCCCACCCUUCUCUUUGAUCCGCAGUCACUUAAGGAGGUAUUGGACUACGACAAAUAAACUCGCACUUUGUACCAGUUUGACAGCUUGCCUGCUUUGUUUGUUUGCAGAAACGUCAGCAGAAUUGUCAAACACGAAAAAGUGCGAGUUUUUUUUUGUCAUAGUCUAAAACCUCCUUAGGUUGAGCUAGCAACCACACGUGUAAAUAGUGUACAAACAACUAAAGCAACACACUUAAAUCUGUUGUAGAUAGAACAUUCACGCGCCGAUGUGUUUUUAUCAGUGUCUGUGUGUCUGUGAAACAAGAAAUUCAAACGAGAUAUUUUGUGAUAACACGCACCAAGAGUUACUGCUGCGUGUGUGUGCGUGAGAGAGUGAGGAAGAAAACGGGGCAUCAAAGCAAUUUUUAACUAGGUGUUCAUACAACAUAAAAAACGAGCAAAGUUUUAGACGAAUAACAAAGCAAGACUUGACAUUUUUGCCCCUCCCCUCAUUUUUCCUUGUGGACGCCAUUGUUGCUGGGUUUUUCGGUGAGAAAAGAAAAUAUUUUUUUUGAUAUCGUAGCAGGCCGUAGUGUGAUGAGAUUUGAAAUUUUGAGAUCGGAGCAAAACUUGAGAGCUUCAUCGAAGUUUUUUUUUAAACUGAUAAUUCUGUGUUUGAAACCCUGAAGAAGACAACUUGGUCUGUCGAAACGUCAAUAUUCGCAAUAAUUUUUGUAAGGUCCACAAUUUUUGACCAAAAGUUAUAAGAUUUUGUUUUAAUCUGUGAAUGAUUUAUAUCUUUUAACACCAAAUUUAACACCCAAACCAAAUAAAGAUGAUUUUUAUGUUUUUGAAUUAAUACUUGGAGAAUAAUUCCUGUGUGAUUUUUUUUGUUAAAAAUCAAUUAAAAAAAAGCUUUUUAGGCUCAUAUAGCAAAUUUAGAAAAAGGAAUGCUUUCAAUUUGAACAUUUUAAUUAUUAAUUUGAGUCAAAGAUUUUUUUUGAAAAUUUAUGUUCAUUUUACAAAAUCAUCAAUAGUACUUUUAAUAAUAGAAGUUUUUGAGAACUUAUUACGUAUUUGUACAAAAAAAAUGAUUUAAAAAUUAAAGCAAAGCUUUGCAUUCUCUGCCAAAUGUUAAAAGUAGAACAUGUUCAACACAAAACUGUAUUUUAUGAAAAUUUAUAUGAUUUGUGCUUAAAUCAGAACAUUUUUUGUCAUUAAAAAGUCAUUAAUUAAUUCAAUGAAAAUUGCACAAAGAUCAUAAAAUUUUGUGAAAUUUGUAUUUUUAAAUAAAAUUUUGAAUGUAUUUUUUUAUUUUAAAAAAUUCUUUUUUUUGAGAUUUGAUUUGUGAGAAUUUAUACAAAAUUUGCCUCUAAUUUAAUGAAAUGCAAAGAAACCUCUUUUUACGCGGUGGCGUUACGAUUUUUGUUACGUAGAUUUUUCUUAAACCAUACAAUAUUUUUGCAAGCUUCGAAGAGCGUUUUUCAGAUCUGAACAAAAUCUACAAAUUGUUUUUAAAAGAUUGCAAAAAUGUUGAAUCGUCCCAGAGAAUUGUACAAAUUAGAAAAAAACGUAACGCAUCGCUUCAAAACAAGUUCCACUGUAAAAUAACAUCUUUAGCAUUAUUUGGUUUUUAGAAUUUAUACUUAAAAAUUUUAAGAUUUUUAUAAAUAAAAUAUUUAAGUUUUUGAAAAGUAUUAAUACAGAGAAACCUCUUUUUACAGCGUUACGCGUUUUGUUGCGUCGAUUUCUCUCUCGACCAUACAACAUUUUUGCAAUUUUUUAAAAGCAAAUUGUAGGUUUUGUUCAGAUCUACAAAACGUUUUUUGAAGCUUGCAAAAAUAUUGUAUGGUUUAGGAGAAAUCGACGAAACAAAAAGCGUUCUCUGUAUAAAAAAAAAAUAAACAUGAAAUUCAGGUGAAUUUAGCAGUAUGCUGCUAAAAAACUUAUUAAUUUACUGAAAAACUAAUAUUUGAAAGUUGGCCCUUGUUCGACACCCGCCCUGGAAACUGUCAAAAUUGUGUCUAGUUACAAUUUUUUUACGCAAGCCUGCUUUGACCUAUAAUAAUUAUGUUUUUUUCUUGUCUGUAUUGUAAACGAAAGUUUUAAAAAGUAAUUUAUUUUGAUCCUAGCACCAUUCAAUUCGAAUUAAAAACAAGCAAAGACACUGAAAAUCAGUAAUACUAGCAGCACGGUCGUCGUUUGAUCGUUUGCCUCAUCGACCAAUCAAGCAGAAUGUUUUAACGGUGGCGCAAACUGAGAAAAAAAAUAAUUAAACAAGUUUCCUUCUUCCUCUGCAGAGUAUUUAGGCGGUUCUGAACAGAUAUCUGCCCACGUUUUCACCAAUUAAGGUGGGCAGAGCAUGAGAAUUAUUAGAAGAGAGUGUGAAAAUGUUGAAUUAAAAUGGCUGUGUUAGUCUCCCCCUUCCCUCUCCUCUCACCGUUUCUCCCCUACCCUUGAGUUGUUUGAGAGAACACGAAAAGUUGUCUAAAUUUUACUUUAGUCACGUAGAAGAUUUCCCCUUUCCUGGUUUCACACCUUCGUUUUGUAAAUGAAACAAAAAAACAAAAAGUCUAAAGCAUGUAUUAGCAGACAAAAUAAAACGUGUAAACUAAAUAAAAAUAAAAGAAAAAGAGUUUAAGAAGACUGUCCAAUCUGUUCGGAAACUGAAUGCCGUCUUGUUUAGGAAGAAAUACAAACAAAUAAAGAAAUGAUUAAAAAACUGAGACGAAGAGUUAAACACUGUAAAAAACUUUAUCCGGCAGCACUGCUGCAGCCGUCUGGCAACGCUGGUGUGCCGCGCUUGCCAGAACAGUGACCAGUUACUGAGAGAGAGACACACACACACCCCCCCACACACACAUACACUUAAGCUGUUGUUGGCACAGAAAGUAAACAAACAAAAAAAACAAGUUAAAACUAUUCACUGAUAGCUGGUAAGGGCCGAAGGAUCGAACUUAAGCUAAUCUAAAAGUGAGAGAUGGAGACGAGUUGAGAGAGAGAGAGAGUGAGUGUGAUUGCGCAGGGAGAAUCCUUCAAAGGGAGAGGAGAAGCAUCGACGGAAACGGAACUCAAGAAGCGAAAGCAAAAAAUAUGGAAAGGAAGAAGAGAGUUUUAAAUUAUGUCUAGUAAAGUGAGAAAAAGAAGAAGAAGCUGAUGAAAACAAGAGGAGAAAACUAAGAAAUAGAUGCAUAUUAGCAUGUAGAUGAUUACAUUCUCUGUGAUUAGAAAAUACGAAAACGAAAUAAAAACCGAAAAAUGUGAAAAUCCUACUAUAAAAAUCAUUUUUUUGAUUUAUUGUAACUAUAAUUUAAUAAAGUUCAAUUCAUUCUAGUUGCGGAAGAAGUGAAAAGCGUUGAUUUAAUAAAAUAAAUGAAAAUAUAUGAACGACAUGAUUAUGCAACAUAAAACACACACACACAUGAUUUACUAUAGUUUUAAAAUGAACAUUUAAAUAAGUUAUGAUCCACAUGCUGAUUAAUAGAUUUUAAUCAUUUAAACAUACAAGCUUCUUACCGAUAUGAAACUGUUGAAAACUAAACCUGUAGAGGAGGAAAACACUCAAAAAAAGUUUUAAAUGCUAGUUGGUUUGUGUCUAGAAUAAAGAAAAGCCAAGAAAAAAAUAGCAGUUUUGUUUUUUACUUUUGUAUUUCGAACGCUCUCUGACUUUUCAAAACUUCCCCCGUCGAACCUUCGACAAGCAAAAUUCCUAACCAAAAAAGAAAAACUCUUCGAAACGUCCCCCAAAACGACCCCGAGCCGAAGCCGAUCCUCGAACCCUUGUUUUGAACUUGGUCGAUAAGAUUUGACAGCCAGACGUCACACACCGUCGGUCGCAGCCUCUCUCUCUGCCUUCUUUUAGAUCGAAUUCACAAGAACUCCAAGAGACGAGAGGAUUCUCCCCAACCCCCCCAUUUUGUUUUGGUUCAAGCUCAACCCAAUACUGACUCACUGGCCCCUUAAUUCGACCCCAUGGUUGGGCACGACUGCGACGCCACCGCCAUCUUGUGUGACUGUCAGCCGCCAUUUUGUUUUUUCGUUAAUUUCGAUUCGUUCCCUUCAAUGACAGCGUUCGCGGAAGAUUUCAACGAUCAUUGCACACACAAACCAACAAAACAGUUUUGCAUUCCUAAUGACUUAAGAUUUUGUACGAAAGAGAGAGAGAGAGAGAGAGAGAGAGAGAGAAAACCAUCAAAAAACAAAACGAAACCAAUCAAUUUGUCGUUCAAAGCUAUCUAUUUAAUUGCAAUGAGAAGAAAAUCACACAACAAGCAUAACCUGUAAUCGAUAUACAAAACAUACGAAGAAAGAAAGAAUAAAACAAACGAAACUUUUACUACAUUCAACCCUAUGACUGUCAAAUAUAAAUUAUAAAGGAAACACACAAAAAGAAAACCAACAAAAAAAAAGCAACUUAAAGAAAUGAAUGUCGAUAAAGCAAAUUUCUGUGUUAUACAAACAAACAAAAAAAACAAGAAUUAUAUUACCGGAAGCGUCCUCAAUCAGCAGAUUCAUUAUCUAUUACACACACACACACUUACAAACAGAUAACGUGACAAAAGAAGCAACAGGUUUUAUCGGUACCAUUAAAAGAUAAUCCAUAGCUUGAAGUGAGCAACAUUACAGAAAAAAAAGUAUGAACAUAAGUAAAUAAACAAAACAAAAGAAAAACAUACACCGUGUAUUACUCUCUAAACUACCGUGUAUAUCAGUGAGUUGGAUCAAAAAAACCCAAGGAAAAGAGAAGAGAAAUCAAACAAAAAAUAAAUAAAUCUUAUACACAAUUAAAAAGAAAAAACAAAAAAAA